ACACCCGGAGACCGCCGCGCCAGAGUCAUGCCCGCCGCCGAGGUGCUGCGCCGCCUGCUGCCGUGGCUGCUGCUGUGCGGCCUCGCCCUUCCUGCGCUGGGCGACGAGGACGGCGGCAGGCCCAAGAAGGCGAUGAGCAAGGAGGCGCGGCAGAAACGCCAGCGCAUGUACGAGCAGUUCAUCGCCGGCAUGGACACGUGCCAGGGCGAGAUGACGUUCGAGGACCUGAUGAAAUGCAAGCCGACGGAAAGCGACGUGGCCGCCUUGGGACGCGUGUCAGAAGACUGCAAGUGCCUGGGACAAUGCCUCAUGCAGUACGUGAAACUGAUCGACGAGAGAGGCUUGGUGAUCCGGGACAAGUUCGUGGAGCUGACCAUGCUGCACUCCCCCGAGACCACGCCAGAGGAACUGGACGCCAUGUUGGUGGCCGUCAGGGAAUGCGAGGAGAAACCCACGGCGGCGUCGGGCUGCGGCCGGCCCGUGGAGGUGACCCAGUGCGUGCUGGAGGCGACGGGUCGCUCCGUGUCCCUCAUAGACGAGAGCGACCUCAUGUUCGACGACGAGGACUCUGCGUACGACUAGCGCCUCGGCGGCUCAGCGGCUUAGCGGCUCAUCGGCUCAGCGCUGAGCACGGGCGCAAUGCUACAUCCUGGUUGUUCGUCUCACCCUCAACACCCGGUCUCACACACCCUGCUUGAUUUCAUCCCUUAAUUUCUCUAAAGUUUUAUUUUUUUUUUCAAGAGCUAGUUUUAUAAUUCUGACAUAAUCAACUUCCAUUCACUGUUAUGCCACAAUAAAUUUCCAACAGAGAUAAUUCACUAGGUGCAAAAAGUGAUAAUUACAAUGACUUAUGCGACCUCUUACAACCACUACAUUGCACCAAGUGAAUGCAUACCUUGAAUAAAUAAUUUACUAAAAAAAAAUCUACAUGUCGUGCUAGAUCGAGCCUUGUGGCCACACAGAUGUCCUAAAAUACAUAAUCCGCUAUCAAUAUAAAACCAUUAUAUUUGCAUUUUAUCGUGUUAUAACCAGAAAAAUUCCAAUAAUAUGUUUAUUAAUUAUGCAAACUUUACUUGACCUGACUUUACCUCAUCCUUCUUUCACGACCUUACACAAUUUCCAAGAAAUCUGUAAUUUAAGUGUUUUAGUGUUAAGUGUAUACCACACCAACCACACAAACAUUUGCGUUGAUUCAAAAAGUGUUACAAGUGUGUCUUAAAUAAUUGACGUUUAUUGAUAUUUUGGACCAUGAAACCAUUAAUGAUUAAAAUAAACUUAUCAAAAAAAUAUUUUGCUGUUAUUUUUUUUUCCAGAUUUUAAAUAUAUAUUAUCUUCAUAUGUUUAUGUAAAAAAAUGUUUGUACAAAAAUAAACUUUGAAAAUAUACAUCAGAUAUAAUGCAAAUAAAGUAUACAUACUGGAACA